AUGUGCUCCUUUUCUACUACAAGGCAUGGCCGAGGUCUUUGUAUCAUAGUCCUGGCUUGUCUGUAUCUGUCGCCGCCAUUCGCUGUUGCAGCUGGUGCUUCUACCACCAACAGAAAAGAUAGCGGCACUAAGAAAAGUAGGCUGCCCAAUAUUCUCUUGUUGCUGACUGAUGACCAAGAUGCUCUUGUGGGAGGAAUGUCACACAUGCCAAAACUGGAACGACUCUUGAAACAGAGAGGCGUGACUUUUGAGAAUGGGUUUGUGCACACCCCUAUUUGUUGUCCUUCCAGGUCAUCCAUUGUCAGUGGUAGAUAUUUGCAUAAUGGUGGUGCCCUGAAUAACACUGUGGAAGGGAAUUGCAAUGGCCCCUAUUGGCAAGAAGAUGCUGAACAAAACUCCUUUGCUACCGUCUUGCAAAGCUUGGGGUAUCAAACAUCCUAUGCCGGCAAGUACCUCAACAUGUAUGGCAUUCCUGGAUCUCCUGGUUGUCAACGGUACAAGAAUGGCACACGAUCACCUGGCUGUUCACGGGUUCCUCCAGGCUGGAAUAGGUGGUUGGGAUUGAUUGGCAAUUCGCAGUACUACAAUUAUGGAGUUGUCAAGUCCACAAGAAGUGGAGCAACCACUGGAGAAACUAUUCGGCAUGGCCAUGAUUAUCCAAGCGAUUACUUUCCUGACUUGGUUGCAAAUUGGACCCUUGAAAGCAUUCAAGAAUUUGUCAAAACACCUGACAAACCGUUCUUGGCUGUGGCUGCCUGGCCCACAGCACACAUGCCUUUCACACCAGCCCCUUGGUCUGAACAUGAAUAUGAUGGUUUGGAGGUGAUCAAAACACCAAACUACAACGCUUCAACAGAAAAUCAGCAGUCUAAACAUUGGAUGAUGCGAUGGCUGGCGCCCAUUGAUGCCUCUACAGAAGAGUGGAUGAAUCAAGUCUACCAAAAUCGAACAGAAGCAUUGCUUAGCGUCGACAAUCACAUUGAACUGUUUGUUCAAGCCCUGCAAAAUGCUGGAGUCUAUGACAACACCUGGAUCAUCUACACAUCAGAUAAUGGAUGGCAAUUGGGACAACAUCGAUUGAGCUACGAUAAACGACAACUGUACGAGAAUGAUAUCCGAGUACCCUUCAUUGUCACCGGUCCUGGUGUACCAGCCAAUAAAACCUCCAGCCAUAUUGUGCUGAACGUGGACAUUGCUCCCACCAUGGCAGACAUGGCACUCAAGGCAAUGAAGAAUGGGGAAAUGAAGUCUGCUGUCAUUGAGCAAGUAAGAGAUGCAGUAGACAAUAUGGAUGGGACCUCGUUUCUUCCAGUCAUCCUUGAUAGUGGUGCAGCAAAGCAAGAUGACCCUUGGCGACAGGACUUUUUAGUCUCCUACCACGGACGGGGAUAUGCUCAAUGCGACAACUUUUGGGGCUGUCCUGCUCCCAAACAGGGCGACCCUGACUAUCACAUGGGGGACUGGUCAAACAACACCUAUCAUUGUGUCCGCACUAUUGCUGCUAGUGGUUCAUCACAAGCGCAUUUGCAAGAAGAAGAAAACAGCAUCUACUGCCGCUUUUUGGAUGAUGAAAACUUUGUGGAGUACUACGAUUUGAUGACAGAUCCUUGGGAAUUGAACAACGCAGCGUCAUCCUUGACAGUAGAACAAAAGAUCCGCUAUGAAAGGCGUUUAGAAGAGCUACGAAUCUGUCGAGGAAAGACUUGCCGAGACGCGUCAUCCGGAACGCAUGCUUUUGCUACAACAACAACAGCAAGUGUGGAUGUGGAGAUUGGAGUUUCCGACUAA